UUCUCGCUGUCCUACUUUAUCCAGAGGCUCUUCUCCACCUUGUCAUCCUCAGUCCUCCAGAUAACAUAGAAAUCGCGAGAGUGAAUUUACCAUACCCAUAACUUGCAGAUCCUUCCUUAGCCUCGUCAUGGCUUGCGCAACUUCUUCUUCAGCCCUUCUCACUUCCUCAAACUCUUCUAGGGCUAGGGCUAGCAGUUCUCUAACAUCCUUGGCCUCCAACUCCCUCUCACAGAGAAUCUGCCUUCCCACCUCCUUCAAUGGCCUUCGUACACCAUUCGUAUCUCGCCCCCCUCAUUCCAUCUCUUCUCGCACCAGCUCUCAAUCAAGACGCAACCUUGUCGUCAGGGCUUCUGAACUUCCUCUGGUUGGAAAUCAAGCACCAGACUUUGAGGCCGAGGCUGUUUUCGACCAGGAGUUCAUCACUGUUAAACUUUCGGAGUACAUUGGAAAGAAAUAUGUGAUUCUCUUUUUCUACCCUCUGGACUUCACAUUUGUUUGCCCCACAGAGAUUACUGCUUUCAGUGACCGUUUUGAUGAAUUUGAUAAAUUGAACACACAAGUGUUGGGUGUUUCUGUAGACAGUGUUUUUUCUCACCUUGCAUGGGUGCAAACGGAGAGAAAAUCCGGGGGGCUUGGUGAUCUUAAUUACCCACUGAUUGCUGAUUUGACCAAGUCCAUUUCUAAAUCUUAUGGAGUUUUGAUCCCAGACCAGGGGAUAGCAUUGAGAGGGUUGUUCAUCAUUGACAAGGAGGGAGUUAUCCAACAUUCAACUAUUAACAAUCUGGGUAUUGGAAGGAGUGUGGAUGAGACAUUGAGAACCCUACAGGCUUUGAAAUAUGUGCAGGAGAACCCAGAUGAAGUUUGCCCAGCAGGAUGGAAGCCAGGGGAGAAGUCAAUGAAGCCAGACCCUAAGCUAAGCAAGGAAUAUUUUGCUGCAAUUUAAAACUAAUGAUUAGUAGAGAUUUAUCUGUUCUUAUUACAACUUUUGAGGAUUGGAUUUGGGAUGAUUAAUGAUGAUUAAUUCUUGAAACAAUAAUAAAGGAAUAUAUUCUU